GAGCAUUGGCGUGUUAGCUGUAGUUGUGUUUCAGUCGCAUUUCGGACAGCGGGAAUGGCGACACAUGGAGCCGGUGGGGAUUGUCCCAGGGAUGAUAAAGAAAAGAAGCAAGGGGAAGGCGGUGCCGCCGGGGGUUCGAGUCUCGGGUCUACAGGUGACCGCAGCGGAACAGGAAUAUCCACAGAACAGAUCUUAGAAACAGGAGAGCAUCUGCUAAAUGGGUUCAUCUCUGACCGGCUGCAAAACAAUCCUGAUGUAGCUGGUGCAGGGGUGCUAUUCCCAGGCAUCUCCCAACAGAGUGACCCGUCUAUAAAGCGGCUUAGUGAGUGCCUGAGGAAAAUAGGUGAUGAGCUGGAUGCAAACAUGGAGCUACAAAGGAGAAUUGAUAAUGUACCCUGCACCUCACCCAAGCAGGUAUUUUUUCAUGUGGCCAAGGAACUGUUUGCCGAUGGGGUCUUCAACUGGGGAAGAGUUGUUGCCCUAUUCUACUUUGCCUGUAAACUUGUUGUAAAGGCUCUUUGCACAAAAGUUCCUGAGAUGAUUCGCACCAUCAUUAACUGGACCAUGGACUACCUGCGGGACUAUGUUGUCCAGUGGAUACGGGAUCAGGGAGGCUGGGAAGGCAUGCUGUCCUACUUUGGCACCCCUACUUGGCAAACAGUUGGCGUAUUCCUAGCUGGGGUCCUCACUGCCUCUCUUGCCAUCUGGAAGAUGUCCUAAUAUUUUCCGAUAGACGCAGCGCUUUUAUACCUGUUUUUAUACCGGAAGUACAUGACUAAAUAGGAUUCACCUUUGUGCUGACAAACGGGUGCUUCCACCAGGCUCCAAGAGAACGUUACCGCAAGAACUUCAGACAUCAUUUAAUUCGGGGAUCAUGUUUUUUUUUUCCUGUGCCUUUUUUAAUUUUUAAUUGAUUUUUAAACUGAUGUUUGAUAUAAUACUUGAACUUCCCCCUCUGCUCAAUCUUGUGGGGGCAAAAAGCCUAGAAUGUCCAUGGGUGAGGAAUGUCCAUUUCUGCAUAAUUUGCACCCUGAAGUUUCCAAUUUCCGUUAUUUACAGAGUGAACAGUCUUCUCUCAGGGCUGAGAAAACAGCAUUGUGUUAAUGUUAAUCGCGAGCACAAAUGGCACUUUUCAGGGGUGGUCCUUGCACAUUUUUCAUGUUUCAAUGAAUUGGUCUUGGCGCUCACUGAAGAAAUAUUUGCUUUUAGGAGCCUGUGAUAACUUUGCUUUAAUCGAGUUCCCUGACAGUAGAGUAGUUCGCUAGCAAGAUAUUAAGCAGUUUGGAUUUAUUGAUGCUCUAAAAUAUCAUACAAUUCUGAUUUCUAUAUAAGAUUUAAGUUAUUCGGUCAGAAGUCUGAACCAGAGAUGUUUAAUUACAAGUAUUUACAUCCUCAGACAGCAAAAAUAAUAUACUGUUUUAUAUGUA